AUGGCGAGUGGCUCCUUCGCUCGCGACCAAGCGACAAGGAGACUGAGAGCUGCAGCAGCGGCAACGGCGGCGGCUCUAGCUGCGGUGGCGACCACCCCACUUCCUUCCUCGGGCCCCCCGACCGCACUCAUUGGGACCGGGUCGUCUUGUCCGGGAGCCAUGUGGCUCUCCACGGCCACUGGCUCCCGGUCAGACUCGGAGUCCGAUGAGGAGGACCUCCCCGUCGGGGACGAAGUCUGCAAGCGCGGCUACCUGCGGAAGCAGAAGCACGGGCACCGGCGCUACUUCGUGCUCAAACUCGAGACCGCCGACGCCCCGGCUCGGCUGGAAUACUACGAAAACGCCAGGAAGUUCCGGCACAGUGUCCGCGCCGCGGCCGCUGCGGCGGCGGCGGCGGCGUCCGGCGCCGCGGUCCCCGCGCUCAUCCCGCCGCGGCGCGUGAUCACCCUGUACCAAUGCUUCUCCGUGAGCCAGCGAGCCGACGCGAGGUACCGACACCUCAUCGCCCUCUUCACCCAGGACGAGUACUUCGCGAUGGUGGCCGAGAACGAGUCGGAGCAGGAGAGCUGGUACUUGCUGCUCAGCCGCCUCAUCCUCGAGAGCAAGCGCCGCCGCUGCGGCACGCCCGGCGCGCCGCCGGAUGGGGAGCCGGCCGCGCGGGGGGCUGCAGCGGCGGCGGAGCCACCCUUCUACAAGGAUGUGUGGCAGGUAAUAGUCAAACCCAGGGGGCUGGGGCACAGAAAAGAGCUGAGCGGCGUGUUCCGGCUCUGUCUUACCGACGAGGAGGUGGUGUUUGUGAGGCUGAAUACCGAGGUGGCCAGCGUGGUCGUCCAGCUCCUGAGCAUCCGUCGCUGCGGGCACUCGGAGCAGUAUUUCUUCUUGGAAGUCGGUAGGUCCACCGUCAUCGGUCCCGGCGAGCUGUGGAUGCAGGUCGAUGACUGUGUGGUGGCCCAAAACAUGCACGAGCUGUUUUUGGAGAAGAUGAGAGCCCUGUGUGCAGACGAAUACCGAGCCCGCUGCCGCAGCUACAGCAUCAGCGUCGGCGCCCACCUGUUAACCCUGCUGUCCACUAGGAGGCACCUGGACACGCUGCCGCGCGAGCCCGGCGGCUGGCUGAGAAGGUCCCGCUUUGAGCAGUUUUACCACCUCAGGGCCAUCGGUGACGGGGAAGAGGAGAUGCUCCUCACCAGGCGCUGCAUAACACCCAGCGAACCCGUGCCCCCCUCCAGGCGAGGAAGACUGCACCUGCCCAGAGCGCGCAGGUCCCGGAGAGCGAUUUCAGUGCCCGGCAGCUGUUUUCGCCGCCUCCCCCGCAGCCCGGUGUGUGUCCCGCCUGCCGCAGAAGUCCCGAACAACAGAGCUUGCCUGUCUCCGGGAGCUUCUGGCUCCGGCAGCUCUGGGGAAGAAGGCAGCCCUCGGGGCCCAGAGGGUCAGGAAGGAAACGGAGGUGACUACAUGCCCAUGAACAGAUGGGGCUCGGGAAAUGGCCGGGGUUCCGGAGGUGGCCAGGGCUCCAGUGGCCAAGGCUCCAGUAGCCAGGGUUCGAGAGGAAACCAGUGCUCGGGCGGGGGGCAGGGCUCCGGAGGAGGCGGCCAGGGCUCCAGCGGUGGCCAGGGGGCAGGAGGAAACCAGCGUGCCGGCGAUGGCCAGGGCACUGCAGGUGGGCACGGCUCGGGCGGUGGCCAAGGAGCCCGCGGCGGCGGACACGGCUCAGGCGGUGGGCGGGGAGCCGGAGAUGGCCAGGGCUCAGGCGGGGGCAAGAACCCUGGAGGGGGCAAAGGCUCAGGAAGUGGGAAAACCUCCGAGGGCAAUGGUGAGCGCGGAAAAUCUCUGAAGAAAAGGUCCUACUUUGGCAAAUUAACUCAAAGCAAGCAGCACAUGCCGCCGCCUCCACCGCCUCCGCCCCCACCGGCUGGAGCAACUGGUGGUAAAGGGAAGUCCGGGGGAAGGUUCCGACUCUAUUUUUGUGCUGACAGAGGAGCCCCAAAAGAACGCAAAGAGGCCAAGGAGGUCAGAGACUUAGAGACCCCAGAAGGGGCAGCGCGGGGUCCCCACAGAGCCAGAGCUUUGGACGAAGAUGAGGAUGACCCGUACGUGCCGAUGAGGCCAGGGGUGGCAGCCCCUCUCCCAAGCUCCAGUGAUUACAUGCCAAUGGCUCCCCAAAACUUCUCUGAUUCAAAAAAGCGCCACUCUCGGUCACCUUUUGAAGAUUCAAGAGGGUACAUGAUGAUGUUUCCCAGAGUGAGCCCACCACCUGCCCCAAGUCCCCCCAAAGAGCCGGAUCCUGAAAAGGAGGAGGAGUCAAAGGACAAUGAUAGCGAGAGUGACUAUAUGUUUAUGGCUCCUGGAGCCGGUGCAAUUCCAAAAAACCCCCCAAAUCCUCAGGGUGGCUCUUCCUCUAAAAGUUGGAGCUCCUACUUUUCCCUGCCAAAUCCUUUUCGGGGCUCCCCGUUGGGACAGAGUGACCACAGUGAGUAUGUACCAAUGUUACCUGGAAAAUUCCCCGGGAAGGGCCUAGACAAGGAAGCCUCAUCGAACGGGGGCCCCAAAGAUGCCCUUUCAAAGCCUUCAGUCGAGGGGUCAUUCUCGAAGCGUGGAGAUGGGGGGUCACCCUCAAAGCCUUCAGAUGAUGGGCCCCCCAAGAACAAGGCUAAGAGACCUAACCGCCUCUCUUUUAUCACAAAAGGGAAUAAAAUCAAGCCAAAAUCACAAAAGCCCACACGUGAACAGAGAGGAGCUGACAGCUCUCGUGACUACGUCAACAUUGACUUCACCAAGAGAGCGAGCAAUGUACCAGCCCCCUUUAUCCACGGACUGCCAGGUUCGUGGGGCAUCAUUGCUGGCCCCAGACCGACAGCCUUUUCUAACUAUGUGAAUGUGGACUUCGGACUGCCAUUUCCAAACCCAGCACACAGGCUCUCGAAUCUUUUAAGAGCCAUUCCAGGUGCCAACCCCCUCUUUCUGGAAGGUGCUAGGUGGCCACUUGCGACUCUUCCUCCCAGCGCUACAGGUGGUAGUGCGAAUGAGGAAGAGGGCGACUACAUUGAAGUGAUUUUCAAUCCAGCAAUGACACCGGCCGUGCCUUUUGGUGACAGUGCCAUUCGCUAUGAUGCUGAAACAGGUCGCAUCUAUGUGGUCGACCCGUUUUCUGAGUGCUGUAUGGACAUUUCUCUCUCCCCCAGCCGCUGUUCCGAGCCACCGCCUGUAGCUAGGCUGCUGCAGGAAGAACAGCAACUAGAGCGAAGACGCCCGCAAAGCCGUUCGCAAAGUUUCUCUGGGGCCGCCAGGGCCGCCGUCUCGGCUUUCCCAACGGACAGCCUCGAGAGAGACCUCUCGGCCUCCUUUGCCUCGGCCGCCGCCGCGUCGGCAGCUGUGCCAGCCUUAGCCUUGAGUCGGGCGUUAGCCGCCGCCUCGGCCCUGGCCGUGGCCCCGGGCAUCGGGGCAGCCGCGCGGGGCUUGGAGGCCGCCGCUCGGUUUGACUCCGCCUCCGUCCGCUGGUUCCAACCUGUUGCUGGCGCCGCUGCGGCCGCCGAAGCGGCCAGGGGGCCCCAAAAUGUUGCCGGUGGCUCGAGCCCGAGAGACCCCAACCCGUCGGCAGACCUAGCCGGAGGUGAGAACCGGGCCGCCGCGGCCGCCCCCCUCCCACCGCCUCGCCGCCCGGUGCCGAGUCCCCCGGAGCGAGAGGAGCCUGACGACGAAGACGACGACACCUACGUGAGAAUGGACUUUGCCAGACCUGACAAGAAGUUCGGCUCUCCCCGCAGAGAGUGAUUACAUUGUCACAAAAACACACUUUGGAAGAAAAGUGAUGCU